UUGUUACUCCAACACAAACCCACAUUUCUAGCACACCAUAUGCAGCAUGCGGGUGAGUUCAUAAGGGUGACUUUAAAGCACAGAGGAAAGCUCGUUGAAGAACUGCAUUGUAAAACUUUACCACCAGAGAGCACAGUAACCUGUGAGACUUACAGGCGUAUGUCCUUAUCUUUAUCAGUACUCUGAAUGCACCACAGCUGUGCAGUGUUUUUGACAUAAUGUUAUGAGACUGGCUCAUGUGUGUGUUUUGCUGGCUUUGUAUACCUUUGUCAAAAUAACAUCACCAUUUGCAUGGGAGACCAAUAGGUGUUUUCAAAUGACACCACAUAGACAAAGCAGACAGGCCGCUGAAACUGAUGCAGAGUGCAUGAACAGGAAGCUUAACUUUGUGUGGUUAGCCAAGCAUUGCAGCGCACUUGGCUGCAGACAGGAAGUUUGUAUCGCUGUUCUUGGUCUUCAGUCUGAAAACGGUUACUUUGCCUGUGAGCCUGUGCACUCACACUUAGUCUCAAAAUGGCCCAGGGAAAGGAUCAGUCCUUCGCCAGCCGUUUUUUCAAAUAUUGUAAGAGUAACCAAGACCACAGAGGACAAGAGAGUGAGGCACCUCGCGUCUCAGAGUUCACCAUCAUGUGGGAUAAGUCGAAGACUUUUGUGAAAGAGUUCUUAGCUAAAGCCAAAGAAGAUUUUUUAAGAAAAUGGGAGUGUCCUCCACAGAGCACAACAGGCCUGGAUGACUUCGACAGGUUCAAGACUUUGGGCACUGGCUCAUUCGGCCGAGUUAUGCUUGUCAAACAUAAAGAAACAAACCAAUUCUAUGCCAUGAAAAUCUUGGACAAACAAAAAGUGGUGAAGUUGAAGCAGAUAGAACACACACUAAAUGAAAAGAGAAUACUACAGGCUGUUUCCUUCCCCUUCCUCGUCAGAUUGGAGUACGCUUUCAAGGACAACUCAAACCUCUACAUGGUGAUGGAGUACGUGCCCGGUGGAGAGAUGUUCUCACACCUCAGACGUAUUGGAAGGUUCAGUGAACACCAUGCAAGAUUUUAUGCAGCUCAGAUAAUACUCACCUUUGAGUACCUUCACUCCUUGGACCUCAUCUACAGAGACCUGAAGCCUGAAAACCUGCUCAUAGAUCAACAUGGGUACAUUCAGGUCACAGACUUUGGCUUUGCCAAAAGAGUAAAAGGCAGGACCUGGACAUUGUGUGGAACUCCUGAGUACCUGGCUCCAGAGAUCAUCCUCAGCAAGGGCUACAACAAAGCUGUGGACUGGUGGGCACUUGGAGUCCUUAUCUAUGAAAUGGCUGCUGGUUACCCUCCCUUUUUUGCUGAUCAACCUAUUCAGAUCUAUGAAAAGAUUGUGUCUGGCAAGGUACGAUUCCCCUCUCACUUUAGCUCCGACCUGAAGGAUCUGCUGAGAAACCUGCUUCAGGUAGACCUGACAAAGAGAUUUGGCAACCUGAAGAAUGGCGUGAAUGACAUAAAAAAUCACAAGUGGUUCUCCACAACAGACUGGAUUGCCAUUUAUGAGAGAAAGGUUGAAGCCCCGUUCUUGCCAAAAUGCAGAGGACCAGGAGACACAAGCAACUUUGACGACUACGAAGAGGAGGACAUCCACGUCUCACAAACAGAAAAGUGUGCAAAAGAGUUUGCUGAGUUCUAGUGAGGGGGCAGGAGUCCCGUCAGGGCUCUCGUGUUUUGGGAUAUUUGCACUCUCCUGAGGGUUAAGAUGGAACAGAGGCCGUCACGUGUUCAAAACAAAUGCCUCGUUCCUUCAUUCCACACAGCUGAAUGAGGUCCUUCUUGCCAUGAUCCUGCGUGCAGUUAGCACUAACCUAUACACAGGCACAUUAUGCAGACACCCCUCGUGCUGCAACACAAAAAUACUAGACCACGUUCUCAUUUUUUCUUUUUUUCUUUUCUUUUUCAUGUUUGCCACCUUUGAUAGCCUCCCUCCUCCUUAUUUCAAUACAAAUAAUUAUUUGAAAAGCAACAUGAAAACUAAUAUUAUGCCCAUUCUCAAGAGGCACAAAGAGUGAUUGAUUGUAUUAGCUGGUAUUGCACAUAUUGUGAUUUAAGCUUUGGGAAAAUAGAAGGGAUUUUUGUUUUGUUUUUUAACAUUGAGUUUUGCCAGUAAUCUGUCUGUUACACACCUGAUUGUGUUUUAGGGUUCAGUUUAUUAUUCAUUGAUUAUGAACACUUUAAAAUUAACCAUUAUUCCAUCAUCAUUCUGGAGUCCUUAAGACCAGGGACCAUGUAUUUGUGCAUAUAGAAGUAUACAUAUAUGAGAAUAAGAUUUUCAAACCCUUUGUGUUGUUAAAGCAUGACCAAAAUCCAAACAAAGAAACUGGUGUUUAGCGAAGGAAAAGCAACACUGAUGACUCCUUCAUGUUCUGAGUUUUAGCACUCAGGCAUUUUGAUUCUUGAGGAGAGUGAUCAAUAGUGGCAAGUGUUAUUACGAAGCAGGAAGUAUUAACUGAUCAAUUGUAGCAUUGUUUUAUCCAUAUCCGGUCACAGGCCAUGUCCUUUUACCUCACACUAGUUGCGGUAUUAAAUGAAUGGAAUGAGAUGAUAUAUUUUUCAGGUACAACUCUGUUUCACGAGGAAGGAAAACUGAAGGGGUUCGAGUAUGUCACUCCACACAACAGGUCGUCUGUUUUUGGUACGUCCAAAAAUGUAUGAUUAGCAUUUAGCAAUGGCAUUUUUCAAUAGCAGGAAGGUCAGUUUGUUAGCUGUUCUGAGGAGCGUGUUGUUGUGGAUGCAAAGCAGCGUUGUUCACAUGGACGUAUUUUGUCCAUUCGGGGUUGUUUUUUUUUUUUUUUGUCGAUUUUUUGUUUUCAAAUGCUAGUUGGGCUUCAGCAAAGCACUCGGAAGCUAUUGUGUAACUGCCAUAUUUGUUUUACUCAUUUUUACUUUUGCAUGUUUGCUACAUUUGUACAGCAGUGUCACAACAAGCUAAUAGCUCCCUGACAGUGUUCCCAUCUUUUUGUUGUUGUUGUUGUUGUUGUUGUUGUGUUGUUACAUUUAAAUCAUUUCAUAACCUGGGACAUUGAUGCAUUGGAUAGGCAAUUUUUAUCUGAGCGACAUAUUCCUCUGCAUAAUCCCAUGACAGAAAAAUGAAAUCAUUAACCAUGAAAUAAUAACAGAAAACUGAAAUAUCAUAACCUUAAAGUAUUCAUUCAUCUUGGUCACUACUUGGUUGAAGCAUAUACUUACCUCAACUAUAGCUUGUAGUCUCUCUGCAUCAUUUUUUAACCAAUUUGUACACUGUGAUGGAGCAAUAUUUGCUCAUUCUUCCUCGCAAAAUUGCUCAGGCUGAGUCAGGUCAGUUAGAGAACGGUGACGGACAAAAAUGUUGUGGUCUUGUAACAGAUUUUCAAAGGGAAUAAGGUUAAGAGUCUGACUUUGAACAUUUUUUUUUUUUCAUUGUUAAUCACUCCCGUUAAGUUAUUGUCUACAAAUAUUUAAGACAUAUUUUCUCCCUGAAGAGAAAUAUAAGUUUUAUGAGGGAGUUUUCUAUGCUGGGCACCAUUCAUUUCCUGUGAUUUCUGACACGUUGCCUGUCCUUGCUGCUGAAGUGUAGUCCCUGCCCCUGCAAACUCCUCACUGGCGUGACAGGUUGACAUGUGUAUUUAACAGGUGAUCAUAGAAUCUCUAUGUCUAAAGUUCAAUUGCUACAAGGCCAAGGUGUCCACUUGUUGAACUUCCAGAUGUCGGAAAAGCCCUCAUUGCUCCUGUGUCUGCGAUCCUUUGACUCUCUAGAGGGGAAGCUUGUCUCUGACGUCCACAGGGAGGUCAGAGUUUGAGGUCGCUUCUACAAGUGGGACACUCAGGGUUGCUGGGAAAUCAGAGGUUAACAUUUCACAUCUUGAUACAAUAAUGCAUUCGCUGACGUUCUUUCAAUUGAACAUCUUGUAAGUCUGCUGAAGUUUUCAUCAUUAUUUGACAUGGUGCUCAAGUGUUUGUAGAUGAGAAAAAUGCAAUUUAAUCAAGUUCAACAAUCUUCGACAACCAAAUGUGAAAAAGCUUUGGGGACUGAAUGCUUUUUUUAAGGUACUGAUGUACUGUAUAUGGAUAUUGGCUAUGCCUGAAUUCAACUUUUUUCAUAUAUUGAGCACAUGAUGUGACAUUUUAUGUAGCCCUUAUUUCAUUUCAAAUGGCACAACUGUUUCUAUUUUUAUUUAUAUUAGAGAUGUCUAAUAAGAUUAAAUUUAAAAUGUUUUAACCUGCAUAGUUCUCAGUAUAUAUAAGGAGACUCAACUGUUUUAUUCACAGAAGUGUUAUAAACAGUGAAUAUAUUGGAUUAUUUAUUUGUACAACUUUUUUUUAUUUGCCCUUAUUAAAAGAUAAAACAUUUAUAGAAAUAAACAUACUUACCACAGUUAAUACACA